AUGGAUCUCCCUCCCUCUCAAACUCGGCGUGCGCCCAGCUUGCCGUCGUCACCACCAACCCUCCCCGACGAAAUCAUGGCGGAAGUUGUCUCCUUCCUCUCCGUCAAAUCCCUCAUGCAAAUGAAAUGUGUGAGUAAGUUCUUCAACUCCCUCAUUUCCGAUCCCACCUUUAUCAAAACGCAUCUCCGUCGAUCCGCACGAAACCCUCAGCUCACACUUGUCUCAGGAAAGUGCGUAGCAGAUUUCCGUUUUGUAACUCUCCCUAUCAGUAAGUUUCUCGAGAAUCCUCUGAUCACCGUUCCCGAGAAUCCUUUCCAUCCAUUGUUGGAUACUGUCCAUUACUGGUUGGUUGGUUCUUGUAAUGGAUUGUUAUGCUUUGCUCAUUAUUCUAGUUUCACUGGCAGCUAUAGAGAUUGCUGGCUUAAUUUCUAUAAUCCAGCUACAAAUACUUUAUCUAAGAAAUUAGGGUAUUUUAAGGAUUAUUGCAAGCAUCGUUAUUUCUUCUCUAGAUAUGCAUUUGGCUAUGAUAGUUUAACUGAUAAUUAUAAAGUUGCCGCGUUAAGAUUGACUGGUGACGGUGAAAUUGGUGGUGAAACUGGUGACAGUGAAACUCAAUUGAGAACAGAGGUGAGAGUUUUUAGUUUGAAGGAUAAUGUUUGGAGGGACAUUCAAGGUUUUCCAGUUGGUCCUCUCCGGUUAACUCUUCCGAGUGAGAAUCAUGGUGUUUACUUGAAUGGGAGUCUUAUCUGGUUGGCACUACGGAAUUCUUACUCUGCGGAUAGGUUUUAUCAUAGUAAUGAUAUUACUCUUGAUCAAUUUGUGAUCAUUUCGCUUGAUCUGGGUGCUGAGAGACACGUGGAGCUAAUACCUCCGCAGGGUUUGGAGGAAGUGCCGCUGAUUGAGCCGACUAUUUCUGUGUUGAUGGAGUCUCUUUGUUUUUGUCAUGAUUUCAAACAGACUUGUUUGGUUAUAUGGCAGAUGAAGGAGUUUGGGGUUGGAGAGUCUUGGACUCAACUCUAUAGAAUUAAAUAUCAGAAUCUUCAACACAUUGGAUGCUGGUUGCCAUUGCACAUUUCUGAGAAUAAGAAUACUUUGGUAUUGGCUAACAAGCGAGAGCUGCUAGCUAUUAUCUAUGAUUGGGCGAAUAAUAGAGUAGAGAUAGUUACCAAUAAACCGCGGUGGGCCUUUUGCAAGGAUUAUGUUGAAAGUUUGGUUUCAGUUCGUUGA